AUGGCGGAGAAACAAGAAUACAAAACAGAGAAAAGAAGACUAUUUAACAAGUAUAAAGAUUUAAAGAAUAACUUGGAAAUAACUCAAAAGGAUUUAAAAACCAUGGAAGAUUUGAACGAGAAAUUCAAAUUUGAGAAUCUAAGUGAAUUAUUUUUGAGCCUAAGUAAUUUGAAAACCGAGUUGUCUGUCUUGAAUGAAAAAAAUGAUAAAAAUCUUAUGGAUUUGGAAAAUUUGAAUUCGAUUCCAUCAAUUUUUUCAGAUUUUGAAUCAAAUUUAAACGAAUCGCUGAAUACGAUAGACGACUUGUUUAAAAAAAAAUCUUUUUUGCAAAACAAUCUUAAACAAAUUAAAAAUUAUAAUCAAUCGAUAUUAAAACAUGAAGACGAUUUGAAUUCCUUAAAAAAGUCAAUUGAAUCAUUGAUCGUGGAAAAGAACUUGCUAAUUAAAAAGAAAACAGAGAUUGAAGAGCUAAUUGAAAAUAACUCAAUUGAAAAUAACUUGAAAAUCAAAAAUUUCUCCAACAGUUUAGAUGAAUAUAUUAAAAAGAAAAAAGAUAUUGAGAGCGAUUUAUCAGAAAAGAAAAAACGAUGUCAAGAGAUCCAAAGUGAAAUCGAGACCAAAAGGAAAGAUUAUCAGGAUAACCUUGACGAUAUCAAUGAAAGGGUAAAGUUAUUGUGUUCUCAAGUUGAAAACUACAUUAAUAAAAUGAAACCAAAGCUAGGUAUUAGCUAA